GUGGCGCCUCUCGCGGAAAAAUGUAGAUCUACUCUUGAAUUUUUCUAGUGCGUAAAUAAGAGUGCCAUCCGAAGAUAUUUCGCAAUUUUCGCUUGUGUUUUGCACCUGAAUUGACUCUCUUCGGUGAAAAUGGAAGUUUCACGAGAUAAGGAAUCCCCGGUGAUGUGUGACGAAGAGUCAUUUGUGAUCUUGGGAUCAACCCCUACGCCCUCCAUGGAGUGCCUGGCACAGUCUUACGCCACAGACCUCGGUUCUGAGGAAUUUUCAUCUCUGCCGGAGGUUUCUGCCGCUCCGGGCAGCAAGAAUGCGUCGCUGGUGGAAGAGGAGGGAGCUGUGGGUGGAGUGUCCAAAGAGGAAUCAAUUGCGACAUCAUCUGAUGCAACAGACAGCGUCAAAGUCGCAAUAGAACCACCUAAAGUUCCGGAAACAGAAGUUCUCUCUCCUCCUUCCUUCCAGCUCAAUUCCACUGUGACUCAGGCUUCGCUGGUCAACUGGCCAGAAACCUCCCAGGCACCCCAAUCCCUCUCCACCAGCCACUUCAACAUUUACAGUGAAUUCCCGAGCAUGAAGGGGCAGAACAUCGCGUCGCAAGAUCUCUCGAAGCUGGAGAACUUCUACUGCGAGCACAACCAGCUCAAAGAGAAUCUGCUGAAUUCAAACAGAUGCCUGAGGCAGUAUUUUGCCUUGGCUGAGAAGUGGCAGAAUGAGAUCCGGGAUUUCAAGCGGCAGCAGGAUGUCUAUCAGACGCACGUUGUGGGUGAGAAUGAGAGAUUGAGGGGAGUUGUGGAGCAGCUGGAGGGUCGGCUGAGGGAGAAAAAUGGGGAACUGGAGGGGAUCAGGGCAGAGAAUAGGCAGGCCAUUGAGGCUCUGUCGGAGCAGCAUGACAGGGAAUUGCAGGAGCUGCGGGAGGAACUGAAGGGAUUGAGGGAGGUCAGGGAUUCGGGGGAGAAGAGUACAGCUGAUGCUGAGAUCAAGUGGCGCCAGGAGAUGGCGCAUCUGGAGUUCUCCAUGGGCGAGAAAUUGCGCGUGGCUGAGAUGAAGGAGAGUCAGUGGCAUCAGGAAGUGGCUGGGCUGACGGAGAAGUUUUCUGGCGAGAUGCACGAGAUGCGCCAGCGUCUUGCCCAGGAGACUGCAAGGGUGGCUCAACUGGAGGAGCAAUGCAGGAACUUCCACGCUGAAAAUGACGCUCUCAAGGUAAAUCUGGUGUCAGCUGAGGAAGUGAAUAGGAUGCUGAGGGCUGAUUCAGCUGAUGCUUUGCAGAAAGUGGAACAGAUUGAAGCUUUUAAGAUGCAAGCUGAGCUUUUUGAGAGGGAUUUUGAGGCAGAAAGAGCCGCCAGGACAGUUUUGGCCGGGGAAAAGGAGCAAUUGCUGGCUGACUUGAGGCUCCUGCAGAAUCGCCAUGAGCAGCUGAUUGGCGAGAUGGAGUCUAUGCGGAAUCCCCGAUCGGGCUAUCCCCAUCCGGAGUCCCAGAGAUCCCGCCAGUUUCGCUGUCCCGUCUGUUCGCGUCUUUUCUUGGAUUUGAGCACCUUGAACAGCCACGUCAACGAUUGUCUGGAUUCUGACAAUCACUAAAAAAUAAAAGCACAACAGAUAUGUAUUCCUUCAAGCUCUUUUCUUUCUCGUGGGAAUAUUUUUGAGCUUUCGCUAUUCCCGGGAAGUUUUCUUUCUUUUUUUUGUUUUUAGAAAUUUUAUUUUGAUUUCGAGGGCAAUCGUUGGGCAAUUUUGACUGCAGUUCCAUGCUGAAAAUAAUGGCGCAGUUUGUGGCGUGAUUCAAGGAUGCUCGAAUCAUGCAAAUUCCAUGAGAAAAGUUUUUAUUUACUUUUUUUUCUCUUUGCAAAACUCGCGAGUUUCUCUGAGACUUUCGGCUUUUCCCGACUUUUUAGACUUUUAUUGCUUUUUUUAGUCGUAGUUCAUCUUUUUUCCAGCCUCGAAACGAUUGCGCUCGAAAUUUUAAACAUGAUCAAUUUUUUUCUUCAAAUUUUAUAAAUUUUAUUGUGAAUAAAAUAAAUGUAUUUACUGGAAUUAUUAUCCAAAUAUCUUUCUGCUUUCUAUACUGUGAUAGAUUUUUUUCAGAAAGAUAUGGAAAAUUUGGAAAAAUAUGAUAUGGAAAUAAAAGAAAUAAUAAAAAUUAUUAAAAAUCAAAAAAAUAUAUUUUUAAAAUUGUUUUGUGAAAUUUUUCAAUAUUUUAUCUUUCGUGAGAUAAAAGCUUUUGAACUUAAUUUGCUUAAUAUUUUAACAAAAAAAUUAAAGUGAUACUUUGAAGAUAUUUGGAGUCGAUGUAGAAUAUACGGCCAUUCCCUCCCACAUUAAAAUGAAAUAAUUAAACUAAUAUUAUAAAAAAAACUGGAUUGAAAGACUGAAGAUUUUUUUUAAAUAGAAGUCUGAUGAAAUGAAAAGAAAGCACAGAGAUAAAACCGAGACUAAAUAAUCUCAAAUCGAUACAGUCGAUUAACAAAAAACACGCUUUUAACGAUGUUUGUCAUUUUUUUUUUAAGUUUGUAGAUUUCCGUUGAAACAAAAUUCGGAAAAUUUUUGUCAAACGUUUGAUCAAUAAGAUUUUAUUGGUCGGAGUUUUGACAAAACUUGUUGUCUUUUUUAUGAAGAAUUAACAAAAUUUGACAAACCUUUUGUAAACUUUUUUUUUAUAAGCUUUACUUUCAAGUAUUUCAAGUACAAAGAAGUUCAUAUAAAGCUCUCACACUCACUGACAGGAAAUUUCUUACAGAUAGAUCUGAAGACGAAAGGUUUUGUUGCAAGUAUUAACUUUUACCAAUGGAUAACCUCAAAAAUAAUAUAACCUACAGAGCAAAACGUUUUUACGUUUCCAAUGAAAAUAUUUUAAAGGAGCUAACAGAUGAAAUAAGCUCUGGAUAUCCUUAGAAGUCUUUGGAAGUUGACAAAAAAUAUUGAAAAGUGUGAAAAUCAAGAUGAAUUCUCAUUAAAAAAUUUAGCAUUGACAGGAUUUGAUAUCAAGAUUUUUGAGCGUGAAUUUUCCCAUAGAAUGAAACUUAAUAAAAUGAUGAGCCCGUUCUCGAAAAGUUCGGUUUCAAAUCUUGCAUAAGUCAUUAUUGUUUUUUUUUUUUUUAAUAUUUUCCUUGAAGUUUUUGGUACACUGUGUUGAGUAUUUGGACGACAAAUUUUCAAGUAUUAACUCUUUCCAGACCACAAUAGGGUAAGUGUGCCUAAUUUCGGCAUAGUUGCAUAUAAGCACCGAAGUCCUAAGUUUAAAAUACAAUAUAUUAAUUCAUAUUGAUAUUUUUUGUUACUUCCUUUUCGGGAAGGUUGUGUGGAACCUUGAAAACUAGUUUAUCAUCUUUGUUUUCUUUAAAUCACUUCCUAAAAUAUUUAAAAAUUUAUAAAAAUAUGGGCAUUGCUUUGGGUAGUAUUCCGGCCACUUUGAGUGAAAUUCCGGCCACCUUUUUUCUGACCACAUUUUGUGACGCAACGGAUAGAAAAUUUCAAAACGUCAAACGAGUUUAAUAUUUAUUUUAAUACGUUUAUAUGACCCACAAACCCUAAGAUCUUCCGUGUAAUUUGUCCUGAAGACCUGAAGAGUAGCAUCUAAGAUUUACGCGCAAGUUCCCGUAGCAAUUUGCCCUUCCUGAACUCUUUCAAGGCAUUUUCACAUCAUCUUUUUCAUAGAAGCGAUAGUUUUUUUCUCGAGACAUUGUAGAACUCAGAAAUUGAAAAAAAAGAACAUAAAAUGAGUAAAAAAUGUAGGAAAGCAAAAGAUGUUGCCGGAAUAGGCAACACUAUCUCACCGAUAGAUCGAUAAACACAAUCGAUCUGUCACAUUUUUUGUAAGACUCUUUCCAUACUGAGCUUUAACAACAACGCAAUUUAAAUUCAAAUUAUACCUAAAAUUAAACGGUCUUCGUGUUAAUACAUCCUAAAAUGAAUAAAUAUUUAACCCUUUAACGAGACACUUUUUACGGACUGAAAAUCAACAAUAAAAAUUAAACUGAGAAACAUAAUCAAUGAUAAGUCUUAUAUCUAACCUUGGAAAGUCCAACAGAGUGAUUCGGUGUAUUUUGUGCUUCUAUGAACGAUAGGGACAAAAAUAGCCCAAAAAUUUAAGUAAUUUUUCUGACAAUACCAAUGAAUAAUAUUUUUCGCUUUCAUGAAAAAUAUUACGUAUGAGUAUUGUAGUUUUUAUUGCCAAAAGGAUUUUGCUUAAAAAAAAAAAUUGGAAGUAUAAAAAAUAAAUAAAAUCAAUUAUGAAUUUGAGAAUUUAAAAAUUCGCAAUUUUUUAGCUAAAUAUUUAUUAAAUAGCAAAUAGCUAGAGAGACUUGCAAAAAAUAUUCUAGAUUCCUUCAACCUUCUAGUUUACAAUUACAUACAAACAUAAGAAAGAAUUAACUCUAGGUAGUCAGGAAAAAUUAUUUUCUUUAUGGGACACCGGUGUUCCAAUCGGCCUUAGAGGGUUAAAAGCAAAAUUAAUUUAUUGACUAUUCGAAGAUUACACUCAUAAUUUUAAUUUAUUUAUUUGCAUGGCCGAAAUUACACUCAAAGUGGCCGAAAUUAGAAGCUGGCCGAAAUUUGGCGCACUUCCCCUAAUACCUGUCCUAACCUCUUAGAUUUAAGACACAUUUUGUUAGAGUUAGAUGGAGUUACUUCAUUAAUGGAGCUUAUUAGUGGAGCCAUUUUUUUUUUUUUAAUUUUCAAAGAUCAUUCUUUGAUGCUAAAUAAAACACAACAUUAAAAAAAAAUUAGUUUUGCAACAUAACCUUUUGUCUCUUAUUAAACGGUCUGUCAUUCGCUGAUUGGUUGAAUUGCUCCAGCCAAUCAAAUCGCAGAGAAUUGACUUUCCUCACGCUACUUUUGACAGCUAGAAACCUACCUGAGAUUACUUAGAAGACUCCCUCGCAGAAAGCUCAAAAAUAUCCCACUUCAAACUGACAAUGAUAAUCUGUAGAAUCCUUAGAACAAAAUACCUUGGAGAGGAUUUAGAGAGGGACAUAAUAAGUAUAAAUAGAACAAAAGGGAAGGAUGGAUAGGGAAAGGAAGUGAUGUAGAUGCGAUUGAGAAACAUAAAUAAAUAAAACACUCAAUCACAUUUUGAAUGCUGACAUUUAAUAAUAAUUAUUAUUUACAAAAUUGUAUUCAUCUUAUGUAUUAUAUCAAUAAUAUAAAUAUCUUUUCUUUCACAUGCAAAAA